AGAGAGAGAGAGAGAGAGAGAGAGAAAGAGAAGCCAGGAAACAGCUUAUAAGUAGCAAACUCAUUCCUCAGGAACAGUUGUUCUCUCUUCUGUUGCAUAAUGGCUAGACUGAUGUGUUUGUCUUGUGUGGGUUGUGUUGGUCUUUCUGGUUGAGUUGAGUUCUCAAUAACACAGUGAGCUUUGACAAUGUUGUCAGAUCGGAAGAAGUUAGCUUUCUUAUUUACCUUCUGGUCUCAACUGGUCCUGAGUUUGGGCGCUGGGAAUUCACGUCACAGAUAUUAUCAACGAAACUGCUACACCUGCUUCAAUGGAUAUCAUGGAUACAACACGGGACACCUGGGCCCAGAUAUUGAUGAGUGCCAGGUACACAACGGAGGCUGCCAGCAUAGGUGCGUGGACACCAGAGAGUCCUACUACUGCAGGUGCAACCCAGGGUUCCGUCUUCACGUUGAUGGACGCACCUGCCUAGCUGUCCUCUCAUGUGCGGUGAAUAAUGGAGGAUGUGAGCAGGAAUGUGUUCAGCUUUCCCCUGUUCACUUCCAGUGUCGCUGUAGACGCGGCUAUCAGCUCACCGCUGACGACAAGCGCUGCAGACUGAGGAACCCAUGUGCAGAGAGGAACGGCGGCUGCAUGCAUUUAUGUCACAGCGAUGGCGGUCAGGCUGUGUGUGGCUGUCACCAAGGAUUCGCGCUGGCCUCGGAUCAGAGGAGCUGUCAAGAUGUGGAUGAGUGUGAAACCGGUAAGGCGGGUUGCGCUCAUAGUUGCCGAAACACGCCGGGUUCUUUCUCCUGUGUCUGCAGUCCUGGAUAUGAGCUGGGCUCUGAUAGCAGGAAAUGCUACCGUAUUGAAAUGGAGAUUGUUAACAGUUGUGAAUCUGAUAAUGGCGGCUGCUCACAUCACUGUCAGCACGGCACGACUGGACCCGUCUGCAGCUGUAAUCAGGGUUAUCAGCUCGGUGAAGACCUCAAAACCUGUGUGGACCUGGAGGAAUGUGAGGAAGGGACAUCCUGCUGUGAGCAGGACUGCACAAACUAUCCCGGAGGUUAUGAGUGCUACUGCAGGGCGGGAUACAGACUCAACUCAGAUGGCUGUGGAUGUGAUGAUGUGGAUGAGUGUCUGUCUGAUAAUGGAGGCUGUGAGCACACGUGCCAGAACACGGCCGGCUCUUAUCAAUGCUUCUGUCGCUUUGGAAACCAUCUGGCUGAGGAUAGACACUCAUGUAUUCCUCUGGACAGAGCCGUUGAGGAAUUGUCUAGUCCAGUGGUGGUUGAAAGACCUCUCGUUCAUCUAACACUUCUUCAGGACUACCCACAAUCCCUGGAGCGCUAUAAUGACUAUGAGGAAGACGGCUUUGGGGAACUGCGGGCGGAGACCACCAUCUCUGAGAAAUUUGUGUGUCUGAAUGGGACUUUUGGGCACGACUGCAGUCUGACGUGUGACGACUGUUCUAACGGAGGAUUGUGUAACGUGGAGAGAAACGGUUGUGACUGCCCUGAUGGUUGGACAGCGAUCAUCUGUAAUCAGACUUGUCCCGAGGGCACAUUCGGCAGGAACUGUUCCUUCACUUGUAAGUGUAAAAAUGGUGGUACCUGUGACCCGGUGAGUGGGAGAUGCCGCUGCCCACCUGGAGUCAGUGGAGACCUGUGCCAGGAUGGCUGUCCGAAGGGACUAUAUGGAAAGUAUUGCAACAAGAAAUGCAACUGUGCUAAUAAUGGACGCUGUCACCGUACAUAUGGAGCUUGUUUGUGUGAUCCAGGGCUGUACGGCAGGUUCUGUCACUUACCCUGCCCAAAGUGGUCGUACGGAUCUGGCUGCUCAUCAGAAUGUCAAUGCGUACAGCAAAACACACAGGAGUGCCACAGACGCCAUGGAACGUGCAGGUGCGAACCAGGCUAUCAGGGAAAGACCUGCAACCAAGAGUGUGAUGCUGGUUAUUACGGUCCAGGAUGUAAGUCAAAAUGCCAGUGUCCAGCAGCAGUGUCCUGUCAUCACGUGACAGGGCAAUGCCAGCGUCAAUGCCCAGCCGGUCUGCAUGGGGAAAACUGUGAGCAAGCGUGCCCUGUGGGACAGUUUGGAUCUGGAUGCUCACUGUCAUGUCAAUGUAAUGGAGCCCCAUGUGACUCUGUAACAGGACAAUGCCACUGUCCCGCCGGGCAGACUGGAGACCACUGUGAGAAAGACUGUGAAGAGGGCCGUUGGGGUUUGGGAUGUGCCGAGCUGUGCCCUGUAUGUGACAAUGGUGGAGUGUGUGACAGACAGAAUGGAACCUGUAUUUGUCUCCCGGGAUACAUGGGAAAUCUCUGUGAGAACGUUUGCCCAGCUGGAUACUUUGGCCUUGGAUGCCAGUGGCACUGCUCCUGUGAAAACGACGGCUAUUGCCAUCAUGUGACGGGUCUCUGUGUUUGCAAGGAUGGUUGGACAGGACCCAACUGCGGGAUAGCGUGUGAGGUGGGACGCUGGGGGCCAAACUGUGCCCACCUGUGUGAGUGCAGGAGCAGUGUGGGAAGCUGUGACCCUGUGAGUGGGCAGUGCCACUGUGAGGUGGGUUACAUGGGACCACACUGUGAGCAAAAGUGUCCUGAGGGCUUCUUCGGCCAAGCCUGCCUCCACAGAUGCCAGUGUGAGAAUGAUGCAGCUUGCGAGCAUGUGGGUGGAGCCUGUACUUGUUUACCAGGCUGGACUGGAACACACUGUGAAAAACCCUGUCCUGAGGGGUUUUAUGGUGUAGAGUGCCGGCAGAAGUGCCAGUGUUUAAAUGGUGGUCGUUGUCACCCCAUGACUGGAGACUGCCAGUGUCCAUCUGGCUGGGUCGGGCCCCUCUGUAACAAAGCGUGUGAAAUUGGCACAUAUGGUCCCGGCUGCGAUCUGACCUGCAGCUGCCAAAAUAAUGCCACCUGUGACCCUGCUGAUGGCCGAUGUGCGUGUGCAGCCGGGUGGAGAGGUCUCAGCUGUGAACAAGAAUGCCCAGCUGGCUUCUAUGGUGUUGGCUGUCACCAGCACUGUCUAUGUCAGAACGGAGGGUCAUGUGACCGAAUCAGUGGGCACUGCAUGUGUCAAAGCGGCUGGACUGGAGUCGCCUGUGAACUUGAAUGUGCCCCGGGACACUUUGGCAUAGACUGUCAACACAAGUGUGAAUGUGAGAAUGGUGGCUUGUGUGACAGACAGAGUGGCAGGUGCUCGUGUCCGGCAGGCUGGAUCGGGCUCCGCUGUGAAAGGGCAUGUGGGGCAGGUUUGUACGGCCCAGGUUGUAAGGAGCGAUGCAGGUGUGAUCAUAACGCCCCAUGUCACCACAUCACCGGCAGCUGCAUGUGUCCAGCAGGCUGGAGAGGACCGCACUGUGAGAAAAUUUGUUUGCCUGGUUGGUACGGGAGGCGAUGCUCUCAACGCUGCCUCUGUCCUCGCGGCUCUUCCUGCAAUCAUGUGACCGGGGAGUGUGGCUGCCCACCAGGCUUUACCGGAAACGGCUGUGAGCAAAGGUGUCACCCGGGCACAUUUGGACUGAACUGUAAUCACGUGUGUCAGUGUUCACAGGUGAAUCAGCUCUGUCAUCCUGUAACCGGUGUGUGCUACUGUGCCCCGGGUUACCAUGGCAACAACUGUGAUGCAGAGUGCGAGGCAGGCCAUUAUGGUCCAAACUGUGAGAGGAAGUGCCAGUGUCUUAAUAACGGCGUGUGUAAGACCACCACUGGCACCUGUACCUGCCCACCAGGAUACAUCGGACCAAACUGCAAUAUCACUUGUCCAGCAGGGCGUUAUGGUCAAGACUGUGCACAGGUAGCAUUAUGUGGCGAAGGAGCCAGAAGCGACCCGGUCACAGGCAGAUGCGUGUGUAGAGGUGGCCAGCGAGGGGAGGACUGUAGGAAAGGCUGUGCUGAGGGCUGGUUCGGAGAGGACUGUGCUCAGUGCUGUAACUGCAGUAAUGGAGGAGCAUGUGAUGCAAUUACAGGGAACUGCACCUGCGGACUGGGCUGGACAGGUGACAGCUGUGAUAAAGAGUGUCCCAGAGGCAAAUAUGGGUCUGGAUGCCAGAAAGCGUGUGACUGUCAAAAUGAUGCUGCCUGUGACAGAGUUACCGGCGAGUGUCACUGUCUUCCUGGUUACUACGGUCAUCUCUGUGAACAUGUGUGCCCUCUUGGGUUUCAUGGACAUCGCUGCCAGCAUCUUUGCGACUGCUGCGGCAACGCACCAUGUGACCCAAGCACUGGCCGCUGCAUGUGUCCUCCAGGUUACCAGGGACUCCGCUGUGAGAGAGAUUGUGAGCCGGGCAGAUUUGGGUCUAAUUGUGGUCAAAACUGUGACUGUGACAGAGGCUCACCAUGUGACCCUGUCAACGGCAGGUGUUUGUGUGCACCAGGGAAGAUGGGAUCUCGAUGUGAUAUAGACUGUGGAGUGAAUCGGUUCGGCCCAGAUUGCUCGGAGGGAUGCGAAUGUCACAACGGAGGUCAAUGCAAUCCGCGCAACGGACACUGCACUUGUUUGAAUGGUUGGGUUGGACCAAGCUGCCAAGAAGGGCUCACGUCUAGAUAGAGAACAAGCAGAAACACAAAGACAUGGACUCGUCAUAGUCCAGCGUACCAGUAUAGUAAUCUUACAGUUUCAUACCCAGUUCAGACAAUACUGUAUG